GCGGAAAAAGACGCUCACGGGACUUAAAACUGCUGACGUCAUUUUCAAGCGUCACAGCUUUGUCAGUGCACAAAAUGGCAUCCUACUGUUUGACCGUCUCCCGGCUGCAGCUAAUCCUGGGCCAUGGGGUUCGACGUCUUCAUGUGUCUGCCGCCCUCAGCGCUAAAGCCAAAGUGUCUAUGAGCCGUUUUGAGCCCAACUCCUACGUCAACUAUGAGAAACUCCAAUCCAAUGUCAAUAUUGUACGCAAAAGACUGGACAGGCCACUUACGCUUUCAGAGAAGAUUGUCUAUGGCCAUCUGGAUGACCCCGCAGGUCAGGAGAUUGUUCGAGGACGCACAUACUUGCGCCUGCGCCCAGACAGAGUGGCAAUGCAAGAUGCAACAGCACAGAUGGCCAUGCUGCAGUUUAUCAGCAGUGGGCUCCCCAGAGUGGCCGUACCAUCUACCAUCCACUGUGAUCACCUAAUUGAAGCUCAGAUAGGAGGAGUCCAGGACUUGCAACGAGCAAAGGAAGUGAAUCAGGAAGUUUACAACUUCCUUGCCAGUGCAGGGGCUAAAUACGGUGUCGGUUUCUGGAAACCUGGCUCAGGAAUCAUCCAUCAGAUUAUUUUGGAAAAUUAUGCCUACCCUGGAGUAAUGUUGAUUGGCACUGAUUCCCACACACCCAAUGGCGGUGGAUUGGGCAGCAUCUGUAUUGGAGUGGGUGGAGCUGAUGCUGUUGAUGUCAUGGCAGGAAUUCCCUGGGAGCUUAAGUGUCCCAAAGUCAUUGGAGUGAGAUUGACCGGCAGUCUGUCAGGUUGGACCUCACCAAAGGAUGUUAUCCUGAAAGUGGCUGGCAUCCUUACUGUAAAAGGUGGCACUGGUGCUAUUGUGGAGUAUCAUGGUCCUGGGGUGGAUUCCAUCUCUUGUACAGGAAUGGCUACUAUCUGUAAUAUGGGUGCUGAAAUUGGUGCCACUACGUCAGUGUUCCCGUACAAUCACCGUAUGAGGACGUACCUGGAGAAGACAGGCCGUGGAGAAAUUGCUGGUCUGGCUGAUGAGUACAAAGAUCUGCUGGUCCCUGAUGCUGGCUGUGAAUACGACCAGCUGAUUGAGCUCAACCUGAGUGAGCUGAAGCCACACAUCAAUGGUCCCUUCACCCCUGACUUAGCUCACCUGGUGUCUGACAUUGGCUCUGUGGCAGAGAAGAAUGGCUGGCCUUUAGAGGUUAAAGUUGGUCUGAUUGGAAGCUGCACCAACUCGAGUUAUGAAGAUAUGGGUAGAGCUGCCUCUCUGGCCAAGCAGGCUCUAGACAAGGGGCUCAAGUGCAAGGCCAAGUUCACGGUCACCCCUGGCUCUGAGCAGAUCCGUGCUACCAUUGAGAGAGACGGUUAUGCCAAGAUACUGACUGAUGUUGGAGGAGUUGUCCUGGCCAAUGCUUGUGGACCGUGCAUUGGACAGUGGGACAGGAGAGAUGUUAAGAAAGGAGAGAAAAACACCAUAGUCACAUCCUAUAACAGGAACUUCACAGCCCGAAAUGAUGCCAAUCCUGCCACCCAUGCCUUUGUUACAUCUCCAGAGAUUGUUACUGCACUUGCCAUUGCGGGUACACUGAAAUUCAACCCUGAGGUUGACUAUCUCACAGCUCCCAAUGGAGAGAAGUUUAAGCUGGAGCCCCCUACAGGAGAUGAGUUACCUGAACGUGACUUUGACCCAGGCCAGGACACAUAUCAGCACCCCCCAGCUGAUGGCAUUGGCCUCAGAGUGGAUGUCAACCCACAGAGCAACCGCCUGCAGCUGCUCGAGCCCUUUGAUAAGUGGCACGGCAAAGACCUGGAGGACAUGCAAGUGCUCAUAAAGGUGAAGGGCAAAUGCACCACUGACCACAUCAGUGCUGCUGGACCCUGGCUGAAAUUCCGUGGUCAUCUGGACAACAUCUCAAACAAUCUGCUCAUUGGAGCUGUGAACAUUGAAAAUGAUGCAGUCAAUAAGGUCCGCAGUCAGCUGACUGGAGAAUUUGGUGCCGUACCUGAUGUUGCACGCAACUACAAGAAAAAUGGUGUUUCAUGGGUUGUGGUGGGAGAUGAGAACUAUGGUGAGGGAUCCAGCAGAGAACAUGCUGCUUUGGAGCCCAGACAUCUUGGAGGCAGGGCCAUCAUUGUCAAGAGCUUUGCCAGAAUUCAUGAAACAAACUUAAAGAAACAAGGCCUGCUUCCUCUUACCUUUGCUGACCCUGCUGAUUAUGACAAAAUCCGCCCAGAUGAUAAAAUAUCCAUCGUAGACCUCCAGACUUUUGCCCCAGGAAAGCCUCUGCAUGCUGUACUGAAGCACAAUGAUGGCAGCAAGGAAACUAUUGAGCUAAACCACACUUUCAACGAGACACAGAUCGAAUGGUUCCAGGCAGGUUCUGCCUUAAACAGGAUGAAGGAGCUGCAGUAAUAAAGGACUGGUCCUGACGAAAGGGCAAAGAACUACACAUAUGGAAGAGUUGUGAGGCAUCAAAUAUUCAGCAGAAGUAUUUGUAAUUUGUUUAAAUGGACACACAUAGAAGUCAAUCAGGAUGCUGUAACUAUGAGUAGGGUAUGUUUAAUUCCUGCCUCAAGAAACAGUAUUGCCUAAAUAAAACAUACAUACACAAUAAAUUAAUACACAAUAAAUCAAGGCACAAGGAAAUAUGAGGAGCAUAGCAGUGUUGAUAAAUGCCAUGUGAUUUAAGUAGAGGUCCGGUAUGUCACUCGGUUGUUUAAAAGUGCAUGGAGCUUGUUUUUUUUUUAUUUUAUUUUCUUGUUUCAUCUUGAAUCAAAUUAGGAAGUGGAACUUCUCAAACAGCAACAGUACAGUUUUCUUUAGAUUUCACAGUUGCUCUAAUAUGUAAACCAGUUAUCUCAUCAGCUCAGCAAUAGUUACUCUGCCCUUUUGCUAGUCAUGUUAAGCACAUAACUAACGAGAGCUUCUUGUGACUCGUAUUCUGUGGUGUUCUGUGAUAUCUGCGUUAUCUGUGGUAACUCUCUCAUAAUUGUGUGGUCACAGUUAAGGUUGCCGUAGAGAAAAAUGUGCUCAUGCUUUUCAGGACUAUUUCUAUGUAAUAGAUGAAGAUUUGGUUGGCUGUGCUGCCUCACAGGUUCAUCAAAACCUUCUUCUAACUCCAACUCCACUGUAUAUACAGUCUGUCAUUACAUUGUGAUUCACAUUGCAAAUCUUUGAAAAUGAGAUGCAUAUUUAUUUCUAUUAUCAAAGAAAGUCAAAUAUCCAUCAAAUUCUUUGUCAAAACCUAAUUAAAAUCUUGGAUAUAUUCA